AUGGCUGAAGUGUCCAAGCAGGUGAUCAACAAGCUGGUUUUUUUUACCGCAAUGAUGAUCAGUGCUCCUUUGAUAUGUUUCUUCGUGGCAGAUUAUAUUUUCAGCAAUUCUCUAGUUUCGGGCGGGCUUGCCGCUUUGGUCGCAAAUAUCGUCUUAAUUGGUUAUGUUAUUGUCGCUUUUACUGAAGAAAUUCCCGUUGAGCUCAAGAAAGAUGAUUAA